CAAGACCAAGGCUUCCACGGCUGCGAAGCGAGCGAGCGCAAAGGCGGCCGCAGCGGCCAAGAAGGCAUCCGCUUCGACUUCCAACGCCACCAGCUCUAUAUCGAGGGCCACCAGCAGCACCGGAGCUGGCAGUCCUACACCUACACCUGGCCUUGAAGAUAAGAAGGAUUGGGUGAGUAAGCGUUGGGCGGGUCAAUGUCGAUAAUCCAAUCGCUGACCGGAAGUUACUCGCAACGACAGGUCGUACCUCAACGAGCCAAGCCAGGCCGCAAGCCUAGCCAGGAGGAGCCACUCACCAAGCGUCAGGCUCAGAAUCGAGCAAGCCAGAGAGCUUUUCGCGAACGUAAGCAAAACCACGUCGCAACCCUCGAGGCCAAGGUUGCCGAAUAUGAGGCAGAGAAGCUCACGCGCGACGCCAAAGAGGCCGAAGCGCAGCGGGAAAUCAGGACCCAGAGUGAGGAGCUCACAACGGAGAAUGCAACGUUGAGGCGUCAAGUCAAGGACCUCGAAGCUGCUGUCAAGCAUCUUCAGCUACAGGCUCAGGAGACGCAUGGUCAGCUGCGAGCCAUGCAGACCCAGCAGCAGCAGCCACAGUACCAUCCGCAUCAGCAGCCCCCUUCACAAGGGUGGAACGGCUGCCUUCAAUCAGGAGCAGGAUGUCGUGCACCGGCGCACGAAGCAUCGUCCUCAAUGUCACCACCUCGGGAGGAGAAUGGGCCAACGCUGGCAGCCCGACGCAAGCGCCCUCUGCCCUCACGCCCCUCGUCCUCAGCUGAUCGAGCGGGUGAAUCACUACCCCUCGCACCUGCGGAUCACAUGGGCGCGUCGACCUCGCGCUUUGGAGCAAUGAGCAUUGCGGCACCUUCUCCCCCCACUUUCGGAUCGCCUACCACUCGCUUCGAUGGCAGCAAUGGCAAUUCAAUGUCAGCCUCACAGCCCUUGCUUACGCCCUUCUUCGAGCAACCUCCCGUAGCCACAACAAGCCGCGGCUGCGGUGGCGGAGGGGCAGCUACCUCCUCCGCAACGGCAACGCGCGGCUCGCCCGACCUCAUGCCCAUGAGCGACAUUGACAUGGAUCGGGACUGUGGCUUCUGCACCGAUGCGACGCCCUGCCUUUGCCGCGGUGAGGCGGUGCUCGACCUCACAGGCAUGGACGAAGACGGCGAUGACGUCAGCGAGAAGGCCAACGCUGCUGCGGCGGCUUGGAUGGACGGGGUGGACCAGAUGGUCAAGAUCGAAGAGUCGGAGUAUGAGAACGUGCACGAGGGAGCGACGGCACCGGCAGCAUCGGAAAGUCAGGAUGACACCACUCUGUCAUUCUCUGUCCCACGUAGGCCGGCAGUCACCGUCGCCUCACUCCUCUCGUCGCGCCUCUCUACGUCUUCAUCCAACAAGCCCAAGCUCUGGGCCACCACUACCGCAUCGGCCUCUAAGACCGCCGCGCCACCAACGACAAUAGGCGCUGGCGCAGCCAGCCGCUCCCCAGCCGCCGUCGCAGCAGCUACCGGUCUCCUUCAAGCCUCCAAGUCCACGGCCACGACGACCCCGUCGAAGGCGGCUCCCAGCACAUCAUCUGGCCAGAAGAAGCUCUGGUGGACCCAGCCCCUCUCCUCCACCGGCACCCUCUCGUCGACGAGCAGCGCAAUGUACAGCUGGACGCCCACUCCUCUCCCACCCGGCUACCACGAUGGCCUCGAUGACGUCGAGGAAGACGAAGAAGACGAGACAGCAGACGAAGCCAUGUGCUCCGGCGACCCCCGUAACUGUCCGGCAUGCAAUACGGACCCUGCCCUAGCCGCCUUCUGUGAGGCUGUGGCCGCAGACGAUAAUGCCAACUUGAGCGAGGCGGAGAGUGAGGCGACGGCGAGUAGUAGUCAGACGAUCAGACCCGCAGAGCCAUACAGUGCGAAUGGGGCCAGGAGAUACAACGCACAGGCGGGGGCCGAGAGCUGGCCGAACGCCGCACCGCAGGGGGUUGUGCCUCCUUCAGGCGACUUCUCUUUCUCGAUGCAGCAGCGUAGUGGAGUUUCAGGCUCUGGCUCAACCGCCUCGCCUGCUCGACCUACCCUACCCCCUCGAAGCCUCACAACGGGCCCCACCUCCAGCGCAACGCCAUCCUACUAUCGCCGACCGCGUGGGAGCGUUGGUGGUCCUUCCCACCUGACCUUGCCGCCUCUCGGCUCCCCUUCGUCCAGCUCGCACGCGCAAGGCUUCUCGAUUCCCUCUGCAUUCAAACAGCUGCGUGCCCACCCCGGAUUCCCCAAAUGGGAGGGCGGCCUCAACUUGCUGGCAGACGUGGUCUCUGGUCGUGGGCCAGCGACGGCCACUUCGCCUACGAGCGCUGUUCGUGGUGGUCCGUCCGGAGCUGGAGCAGCCGAGCUCACGGCAGCGGCAGCAGCGACGCAGACGCAGACAGGUGCGCACCACAAGCGUCGCCGUCUCUACCUGGAGAACGAUCGCGUUGAGGAGGCGUUGAGGAUGUUGGAUGGUGGAGUAGCUUCGAGUGGUAGUGCGAGUGGGAGCAGGCAGGGCGCCACGUCUGUUCCCUGCGGAGAAUGCCCUUGCCCUUGUCCUUGGGCUCAAAAUGGUGGGGUCAGUGCAGAGCAUGGACAUGGCGAGGAGAGAAGGGGAUCAAAUUGAAGAGCAGGGGAGGGUGGCUCGAGAGAGAGAGACGGGUAGAACCCAUCAGGCUCAGUGUCAGCCGUAGUAAGGGCAAGAUCGUCAUCGAAACUUGGCUUCGUCAUUACCA